AAGUGUGACGGCUUCCGUGUUGACCCACGUUUCUCACAGGACACACAUUUGUCCAUUAAUUUAAAAUAGUUAAAAUAAAAACAUUAUCAAGAUGAGGCCACUAACAGACGAAGAGACGACAACGAUGUUUGAGAAGCUGUCGAAGUACAUCGGAGAAAACAUAAAACUUCUAGUGGACCGACCCGAUGGCACCUACUGCUUCAGGCUUCACGAUGACCGUGUGUACUACAUGAGUGAGAAAAUUCUCAAGCUGGCCACAAACAUUUCUCGGGACAAACUCGUGUCAGUGGGAACUUGUUUUGGGAAGUUUACAAAGACCAAGAAGUUUCGCCUGCACAUCACAGCUCUGGAUUUCCUGGCUCCAUAUGCAAAGUUCAAGGUGUGGGUGAAACCUGGAGCAGAGCAGUCUUUCCUUUACGGGAACCAUGUGCUAAAAUCUGGGCUCGGCAGAAUCACUGAGAACACGAUGCAGUACCAGGGAGUUGUGGUCUACUCCAUGGCUGACGUGCCUCUGGGUUUUGGAGUCGCAGCCAAGACGACCCAAGAGUGCCGGCGAGUGGACCCCAUGGCCAUUGUUGUGUUCCACCAGGCCGAUGUAGGAGAGUUCAUUAGGAAUGAAGACACAUUAACAUAGAUCAAGAUGCCCUUUUCAUACCCAGUAACAUUCACUUAAGUGCAGCUGCUGUUUGCUUCAACAGUGAAGCACUCGGCUGAAGGCCACCUUGACAGCAGACAUUACAACUGGCCCACAUUUCCCUGCAUAGUCCAGGGACUGAAAUAAGGACCUCUUUAUUCAUUCUUCUUGGGAUACUGCUAAUCUGUUAUCCACAGGAUUCCCUUGUAACAGAGCCUCCUGAGGCAGGCACUACCAUGAUACUCCCCUUCCCCUGGGUCUUGUGUUCAAUCUUAUUACUUUUGUAAAUGUCAUUAUUUCAAAUAAAUCCAUAAUGUCUUUGUA